AUGCCUGCGCACCAGGAUGUGGGCUGGGUCACCUUUGAAAUCACCCCCAUGUCCUCCAUACGCUUCAGCUCCGCCUUCACCUUUUCUCGCAGUGGUGACAAUGGACACUUGAAACUGAGAGUGGUCGGUGGAGAUGAAGAGGAAGUGUUCUUUGUAAACCCAGUUGGUAAUUUAUGCCUGAACAAAGAAUUAGACAGAGAGAGACAACCCCUCUACAAUCUGACUGUGACAGCUAAUGACUGUGUCCAGCCUGUGUCUUUACAGUUCACCAGCACAGGACGUGUAAUUGUGGUGGUUGAUGACAUCAAUGACAAUGCUCCAUUGUUUGUGUCAGCCAAAAUAGUCAGUAUACCAGAGGACACUGCGCUUCAUUCUGUUAUAAUGACUGUACAUGCUGAGGAUGAAGACAUAGGAUCCAACGGGGAAGUUUUAUAUUAUUUAAAUAACAUUUCUUAUGGAGUUUUUAGCAUUGAUAACAGAAGUGGAACAAUAUACCUGGAGGAUGCAUUAGACAGAGAAGAGGUAGAUACCAUAACUAUUACAGUGACAGCCACUGAUAAAGGCUCACCCAGGAUGGCAACCAGUAUGAAUAUCACGGUGUACAUUGAGGAUGCAAAUGACCAUUACCCUGAGUUCUCACAAAGAAGCUACAGCCUGACAGUCAGAGAGGACACCCCCAGAGGAACAAGCCUGUUUCAAGUUCAGGCUCUUGAUCGAGACAUCGGGAUAAAUGGACAAGUACGCUAUAAAUUGACCCAGAGCGCUCCGUUUGUGGUAGACACAGUUCUAGGCGUCAUCACAGUCAUGGAUAAACUGGACAGGGAAAAAGAUUCAAACUACACCUUAAUCAUAUCAGCUGUAGAUCAGGGAAAUAUGCCUAGAUCUGCUACUGCAGCCAUCACUGUCACAGUGCUGGAUGUCAAUGAUUUUGCACCCCUCUUUACUCCAGAAACACUUACCAUACAUGUAAUGGAGAAUGUGGAGGACCCCUCUCAGCUAACGCAUCAGGUCUCAGCUUUGGAUGAAGAUUUAGGAGUCAACAGCCAGCUUACCUAUUUUAUACAGAAAGGAAAUGAUAGUGGUUUGUUCUCCAUCACUUCCAGUGGCACAUUUAAAAUUUUGCACAGCCUGGACAGAGAGAGGGUAUCACUGUACUUUGUUACCAUCAUUGCUGUUGAUUCAGGAUUACCACCUCUAACAGGUACUCUAACUGUACAUGUCAUAGUGGAUGAUAACAAUGAUAACCGUCCAGAGUUUACUGAGGAAGUCUACAACACCAUAGUGUCUGAGGACAGUUCUAUAGGCACUGUGUUUGCCAUGAUAACAGCAUCUGACAUUGAUGAGGGUGUGAGUGGGGAAAUAAGGUAUUCCAUGGAGAACCGCGAUGUGCCUUUCGCCAUUGACGAAACAUCUGGAGAGCUGUUUACAAUCGAUGUCCUUGACAGGGAGACAGUAGCCAUUUACAGGUUGAUGGUGAUCGGCAGUGAUAAGCAUCCUACUCAGCCUCUGUCAAGCUCAGUGCUUAUUACUGUGCUCAUUGGAGAUAUUAACGACCACUGGCCCCAGUUUUUGAACAGCCCAUAUGUGGCCUAUGUGCCCACCGAGAUGGCUCCAGGCUCAGUUGUUUGUGCAGUACGAGCAACAGAUGGAGAUACUGAGAUGAAUGCAGAACUACAUUAUUCAUUAUAUGGACAAAGUUCAGAUCUGUUUUCCAUUGAUCCAUACAGCGGUGCUGUAUUCACUUCAAGAGCUCUCCGGAAAUGGGAAGAUAUAAUUGUCAAUGUACAUGUGGAAGAUGCUGGAGAAAAUCCUAAAUUUGACAUCUCUACCAUCAGUAUCAGGUUUCAGAACAUAUCUGAGUUUCCAGCGAUGAAUGUGGACAUUCUGAGUUAUUCCCUCUUUGAGGACGAGCCAGUGGGAACAUUAGUGGCAGUUGUCUCUGCAGCGAGCAGCCGAGCUGAACCCAUCUCUUUUUAUCUAGCUUCUGGAAACUAUGAAGACAUGUUUCAUGUGGAGCAGUUAAGUGGAGCAUUGACAGUGGAGAACCCUCUGGAUUAUGAAAACAAAAAGGAGUUCACUUUGUUGAUCGAAGCCAGAGACUCUGGCACACCUCCUUUCUCGUCAUUUGCAGAAAUUCACAUAAACAUCAGUGAUGUAAAUGAUAACUUCCCUCAGUUCACCCAAGUCGAGUACAAGUGUGAGGUUUUUGAGAACUCCCCGCCAUCCUGGGUUUGUGAUGUUCUUGCCAUUGACACUGAUUCAGGCAGUUAUGGCAUAGUGCAAUACAACAUAACAGAAGGAAACACUAAUAAUUUUUUCACAAUUGACCCUGAAAUUGGAUUACUGAGCACCACUACAAGUUUAGAUAGAGAAAAUAUCCCUGAAUUCAAUUUAACAGUUGAAGCUGCAGAACUAAACAACCCUCUUCAUAAAGACAGAGCAACUGUUAUUGUUGUUGUUUUAGACAGAAAUGACAACGCUCCUCGUUUUUCACAGGUUUUUCUCACAGAAGUAUCUGAGGAUUCCCCUGUUGGACACACAGUUAUCCAAAUCACCUCAACUGAUGAUGACACAGGUGCCAAUGCAGUAAUUAAUUACUCCAUAAUUUACCAAAGUGAUGAUAUGCUAUUUAAUAUUGACUUCACCACUGGCUACAUCACUGUUAAAAGACUUCUGGACAGGGAGAUGCAGGAUCAUUACAUCUUGAAAGUAAAUGCAAAUGAUUCAGCAUGGAGCAUGAGCACUGAUGUCACUAUCAUCAUUGCAGAUGUCAAUGAUAAUAGACCAGUAUUUUCUGAUCAUAAUUACACUGUUGUCCUCCCUGAAACAAAAGAUAAAGCGGUGUUUGUUAUGCAGGUUCUUGCUACAGAUGCAGAUAUGGGGCAAAACUGCGAGAUUUUGUAUGUUAUUGAAGCUUCGAAUGAGGAGUUUUGGGUGAACGCUUCCUCUGGUGAAAUCUAUACAAAGCAGGCAUUGAUGUUGCAUAAUACUGCUUUUGAAAUCUACCAAUUUACAGUAAUUGCAUUUGACCGUGGCAGUGUUCCCCUGUACAGUAAUGCCACUGUCACAGUGAGAUUAGAACCAUACAACUACUACCCACCAAUGUUUUUACCUUUGCAGCCUCUGAUUGCUAUCCCAUAUCACACGGCUGUUGGUACUGAGGUGGUCCAGUUUACAGCAGUAGAUCAUGAGGGUAUUGAAUAUAUCUUGAAUGGAGGUAAUGCGUCUGAUUUCUUCUGGAUCCAAUCUGACAGUGGAAAAGUAAUGUUAAAUCAAAGUUUGAUUGAGAGUGUAAAUUUGUUUUUCACCUUAUUAGUUACGGCACAAGAUCAGGGCUUCCCCUCUUUAUCAUCACAGACUGAAAUCACUUUUGAAAUUACUGAAAGGAAUCAAUUUUCUCCAAGCUUUAGAGAGCCACAUGUCACUUUCUCUGUUCCAGAGGACUUGUCAGUAGGAUCGGUAAUUGGGAAAAUUCAAGCCCAAGAUCAGGAUUAUGGUCUCAAUGGUGCCAUCAUGUAUGCUAUUACCCCAGAAAAUCUAUAUUUACCAUUCUCUGUAGGAGACUCCUCUGGGCUGUUAAUACUGAUUAGAGAGCUUGACUUUGAAACAGAAGGUAUUUAUCAUCUCCAAAUUAAAGCCAUUGAUGGUGGCUGGGUCUCUAAAACUGGCAUGUUAAAUGUUACUGUGGUAAUUAUGGAUGUGAAUGACAAUCCUCCAGUAUUUUCCUCCUCAGAGUAUACCAUUUCAGUGCCUGAAAACUCAGAAAGUGGCACACAUGUCCUAGAUGUGAAGGCUGCUGAUGCUGAUUCAGGCACAAAUGCACAAAUAUUCUACUCUGUUAUUGCUGGCCAUGUAGAUAAAUUUGCCAUUAAUUCAAGAAAUGGCACAAUCACCACUUUGGAUGUCUUUGAUUAUGAGCGAGAGAAGAUCUUUGAUGUAACAAUCAAAGCUACAAACAUUGGUAGUCAUACUUUACUUAGUUUGGCCCAUGUUGUCAUACAAGUCUCAGAUGUUAAUGAGUCCACACCUACAUUCAGGAAAAAGGAAUUUAACUUUUCAGUAUUUAAAAAUGCACCUGUUGGAACUAGGAUUGGAAAAGUAACAGCUACAGAUGAUGACCAAGGCUCUGAAGGUCAGGUGUUUUACCUGAUGUUUGGUCAAAACAAAUACAUGGGCUUUGAAAUCAACCAACUUUCUGGAGAAAUAUACACAACUGGCAGUUUGAGGAACCAUGGCAACAGUCACAUAUUCUUAAAAGUUCUGGCGAAGAACUACGGUAUUAUUACUGGCAUGGAUGUAGAUGAGACUUUGGUCCACAUCAGUAUCAUUGACACGAACGAUGCCCCCAUAUUCACCUCUGCACUUUAUUUGGCGAGUGUGACAGAAGACAGUCCAGUUGGGGCGUCUGUGAUAACUGUGAGUGCUAUGGAUCAGGACUCCAUUUUAGACUGGAAUCGUUUCUUCUUCAGUAUUGAAAAUGGAAACACAAACUUCUCUUUUGCCGUGGAUCCAUCCAGUGGUGUUAUUUCAGUAAACUCUUUACUUGACAGAGAACUGUUGCCAGUUUAUAAUUUGACUGUUACAGCCACUGAUAAUGGCUCUCCACCAGCCACUGGGACAACUAAUGUCAUUGUGACUAUUGAUGACGUUAACGACAACGCUCCCAAACUCACAUUCACUGAGGCUCAAGUGAAGGAAAAUCAGCCUCAAGGCACCAUAGUUGCCAGAUUAAAUGCAUCUGAUUCUGAUUUGCCGCCAAACCAGGGACCUUUUACUUACUGGUUGGUAAAUCCUUCAGCAGGUAGUGCUUUUUCACUGACUGCUAAUGGAGUUUUAUUUACCACACGGACUAUUGAUCGGGAAGAAAUCUCUGCAUAUCAAGUCCUGGUGGUUGUUAGGGAUGCAGGGAUCCCUCUGAUGUCAUCAACAACAAUGAUUCACAUCACAAUUUUGGAUGAAAACGAUAACCCUUCAUUGCCUAGAAACAUCUUCAUAGAGGUGAAAUAUUUUGGCAGUUCUUUCCAUGGAGGCAUGGUCGGAAAUGUCCAUCCCGAGGAUCCGGAUAAGUCUGAUACGUUCAACUGCGCCAUCAAAAGUGGCCCACUUAAUAUGUUUACAUUAGCUAAUGGCAGCUGCGAGCUGUGGUCGUCUCCUUUUCAAGGCGAGGCUACAUUUAACAUCACUAUUGAAGCUACAGACCAGCUUCACUUCCCAGUCAACAACAGCAUAUAUGUAAACUACAAAGGGUUCACAAAUGCUUCUAUUGACAGCUGCAUAUUAUUCUAUGUGUCAUCAUCCUCAAUGGAAGAGUUUUUGUCUAAUAAGUAUUUGCGAUUUGUGAAAGCUCUGGACAGUCUUUUUAAUCUACAGGCCUCUAAGACUCAUGUAUUUGGAAUGAAACAUAUUGGUAGUGAAAUCCUUCUAUUGGCUGCAGUUAAAAAUUACAACGGUCAAUAUCUUAGCAGAGAGGUGGCCAGCGGUAUUUCUACAGGCCAUAAGAAAUUACUGGAGGCUCAGAGCAAUGUAACGAUUUCUCACAUCACCAGUGAUCCAUGUCUCACCAGCCCUUGUCUAAACGGGGCAACAUGCAACAAAAACAUUUACAUCAGCCAGGAUGUUGCUGUUCUGGAAAGCACGGUGGUCAUCUUUGUGUCACCACAGAAAGAUUUUAAUUGUACUUGUCCAGAUGGCUUCACCGGGACACUGUGUGAAGAUGACAUUGAUGAAUGUAAGGUGAAUCCCUGCGAGAAUAAAGGCACAUGUGUAAAUACUCCAGGAAGUUUCUACUGUCACUGUCAGAGUGGCUUCUCUGGCUCUGUCUGCUCUAAUGAUGUAGAUGAAUGCCUGAAGGUGAAGUGCCAAAACGGAGGAACAUGUAUUCCCACUCCUGAUAGGUAUCACUGUCACUGUGUGCUGGGAUUUGAAGGAGUCAGUGGAGUCCACUGCGAGGAGCACAGUUAUGGCUUUGAGGAGCUGUCCUUCAUGGAGUUUCCCCCACUGGAUCGCAGGACAAAUUUAAUCUCUGUAGAGUUUGCAACAGUGCAGAGGAACUCCCUGCUCCUGUACAACCCUGGAGGACCAUCCAGCAGAGAGUUCUUUGCAUUGGAGAUAGUGGAUGGGACCAUACAUCUCUCUUAUGACCUGGGUUCCGGACCUGUGAGGCUGCAAACAAACAAGAAAGUGGCUGAUGGAUAUUUUCACCGUGUCACUGCAAGGAGAAUUGGAAAUGUGAGUUUACAUACACAGUGUUAA